AUGGCCAUUGUUAAAACCCCAGUGCUCAAAGUAAUAUUAUGUGGUGAAUAUGGUGUGGGGAAAAGCUCAAUAUUCAGAAGAUUUAUAAACAACACGUUUGUUCCAAAUUCAGAUAGACGAUCGACACUAGGAUUAGAUCACUUUGAGAAGCUCUAUCAAGUCGCCGACAAGGACGUUAAGUUACAGUUAUGGGACACUGGAGGUAUGGAAAGAAUUGCAUCUGUAACAUCUAGCUACUAUAAAUUUGCUGAGGCAGCUAUCUUAGUAUUUUCCUUGGACAAUGCAUCUUCAUUCCACGUUUUGAGCCAACAUUUAUUAGAUAUAGUGACAUAUGCUGAAAAUGCUAAAAUUUUUUUGUGUGGAAAUAAGUCAGAUUUAGAAGGAACCUCACCGCAAGUAACUGAUGCAGAUAUUGAAACAUUUUGUGAGCAAUGUCAUAAUCUCAUAAGUACUACAUAUAAAACAUCAUGCAAAACUGGAAAAGGAAUAGAAGAAAUGUUUGCGGACAUUGCCCUUCAAUUAGUAGAGUCUAACAGAUCAAGGAUUGAACUGCAAACAUUAGAUCACAACAGUUUUAAAAUAACUCAACCAGAGCCCCCUGAAGAACCAUCUUGUAGUUGC